UUCCUUAAAAGUAUUAAAGUGGUUUAUGUCUCUUGCUCUAACUCCUCCUCAUCUCAGUUCAAGGUCAGCCUGGGUCCUAGAAGAUUCCUAACCUGGGCAGCAGCCACCCUCCCCUAGGAUCACCUCCAUCCCCCAAGGAGAUGGUGUGCUGUCAGCUUGGCCCCGAAAGCCAAUUUUCAUCAACACCUCAGAAGCUGUAGAGUGAGAAGUCAACUCAAGUUGCUGGAACCUAAUGAAACCAGAAGCAGCCAGGGGCAGAGGUGUCAACUUUCGUGUGAGCAAAGCACCCCAGGAGUUCCGGAGAGGCAGACCACUUGCGGUGGCCCCAGCUCUCUCCUACCCCAGCAGCUGUCAUGAAAGCUUUUCAAGUUCCUUCCCUACUUCCUCUAUUUAGGCAAUCAAGCAGUAAUACCACCCAGUUCAGAGGAGUCACCCACCAACCCCUGAUCCUGUGGCCUUGAUACCCACCCCCAAGCUUCACCCCUGCUUUCAGGCUGAUCUGUUUUUCCCUCUACAGUGCCAGGCCCUUCAGGCCCCAUGCUGCUCUGGACCAUUGUGCUGCUCUUUGUUCCCUGCGGCAGGAAAUCUGUUGGACUGUUCCUUGAAGUCUGGCCAAACCCUGUAUUUGAAGGCGAAGAACUGAGGCUGCGAUGCCAGGAAAGGAGGAACACAGCACUGUCCCAGGUGAAGUUCUACAAAGACAGAGAAUUCCUUUAUUUCUCUGAGACCAACCAGCCCCUGCUCAUGAGGGCAGUAACAGUGAAAAGCAGUGGCCAAUACAGCUGCACUGGGCAGGUGACGUACAUCUACCAGCUGGGCACACACACCUCAGGGACUGCCAAGGUUCAAGUCCAGGAGCUCUUCCCACCUCCUCUGCUGAGUGCCGACCCCUCUCCUGAGCUCCGUGAGGGGAGCCUGGUGACGCUGCGAUGGCAGACGGAGCUGCACCCCCAGAGGUCUUCAUCCCGGCUCCUCUUCUCCUUCUACAAGGAUGGCCACACCUUGCAGGACAGGGGCGUUCACCCUGAACUCGAGAUCUCAGGAGCCAAGGAGGGAGACUCUGGGCUUUACUGGUGUGAGGUGGCCACUCAGGGUGUCCGGGUCCAGAAACAGAGCCCCAGGCUGGAGAUCAGGGUGCAGGCUCCUGUGUCCCGUCCUCUGCUCACCCUUCAACCCAGGGCCGCCAGCCUGGCUGUGGGGGACACAGUGGAGCUCCUCUGUGUGGCCCAGGGGGGCUCCCCUCCCAUCCUGUACUGCUUCUACCUCAACGAGGAGCUCCUGGGCAACUGCUCAGCUCUUGGUGGAGCCGCCUCCCACUUCUUCAACGUGAUUUCAGAGCAGGAUGCCGGGAACUUCUCCUGUGAGGCCCAGAACAGUGUCUCCAGAGAGACGAGUGAGCCCAAGGAGCUCUCCGUAGGUGGUCCUUGGGUCUCGUCCAUUCCCACUUGUCCCAACUGGCUGGUUCCUUGGCUGCCUCUGAGCCUGCUUGGUGUGAUGGUCAUUGCUGCUGCAUUUCUGGCUUAUUUCAGACCCUGGAGAAAAGCAGAACAUCACCAGAAUGAGCAAGAUGAAGGUGUUAUCUAUUCUGUGGUGUAUAUAACCCCAAAGAGGAGUGAAGCCAGGCUUGAGUUAACCUCUGGGGAAAAGGACAUUUCUGCCAUCUAUGCUGAAGUGAGAUACUCACAGCUCCAUGAGGUUAUAGCCAAGGAGCCGAAUAUAAGAAGCAGGACCCACAAAGAUCCACUUGGUGACUAUGAGGAGGUCUCCUACUAGUAAUGGUGCCCCCCACCCAAGCACACACCUAUCCCUGGCCUCCAGUGCUCCCAGAAAGCCAGUGAGGACCCCCAGGCCCUUCUGUGUGUCUUCUAGGCCCUAAGCCCAGCAAAGGGGGAGCCCCUAAGCCCUCUGUCCUGGUCAGGGUCAUGAAGAGACUCAAGGUGCAUCAGAGAGCUAGGUGCCCCUCUUAGCAGAAGACCAGGUGAUGGGAUAAGAAGAGGAUACACAUACACAUUCACGCACACAUACACACUUAGGCUCAAGCAGUGACCCUGGACACAAGCCACAGAUGUUUCCACACCAGUGGGAAGGGUGGCAUUCCUCCUCUGUAUGUAUAAGUGCCCCUAUUAUAGCCCUUCUGUCCCUUUGAAUGUGCUUGGCUUGACCCUGAAAGGAGAGAGCAUAAAAUCUGUAUUCUGGAGACUGGACCCUGAGCAGCUCCUGUUCUGCAUUUUCUACUUUCAAGCCCCUGCUGAGGCUCAUGAGUGACCACAGAGCCGAGGAGUAUCUCAGAGGCUCAACACAACCAAGGAUCAGCAGGGAAACGGCCUGACCCAGACUGUAUCAUGGAAAUCUGGACACCAGAGCCAGAGCCCCACAGGCACUGGGAACUCCACCUUCACAUGCAACGCAUUUUCUGCCUGAGCCCUUCCAGUUUAUCAAAGAAGGAACUGAUGCUUGCCCCAAAGUCUCCAUCUGUGAAGUGUAAGAAACUCAGUUACCCCUUGCUUGUUUAAAAAGGUACAUGGUUGUAGGAUGUAUUUCUGUUAAUAGAGGUAUGUCAAUUUGUUUUAUACUGUUCAUCAAUAUCAGUGACUUGUGGUGCCCAAUAGCUUGAUUUGGUUCCUUCAAAGAAUCCAUAUUCCUUUGUGCCUGACUGCGGUAACAAAGGAUUUGUUACGCUCGCUCCUGUGAGGUCCUGGCUCUGGAAUCACAGAGCCUGAGGUCAGAGUGACAGAGGUUUAACUUCACUAGACCCCAACCACCUCUCCAAUGAAGAAGGUCAAUGUUAUCUGAAACCUCCUAAGCUGCGGAGCUGCAAACAUCUAGGAUCUCGCUCCUUAAAAAUGUGGUUCCGGACCAGCAGCACUGACGUCACCUGGUGCCUAUUAGAAAUGCAGACUCUCACCUGGUGCCUAUUAGAAAUUCAGACUCUCUCUGGGACCUAACUACAGAGCAGCUGAAUCAGAAUCUGCAUUUCAGUAGGAUCUCCAGGUGGUUUGUAUACCCGUUAAAGUUUAAGAAGCUCUGGUCUACCUAUGAGAUACACUCCUUGUGGAAGUACAUCCAUCCUCUCGCCUUUGGGAGCUUAAUUGCCUGUAGUUCUGGUCUGGAUGAUGACAGUGAAUUAGGCACUGAUAAGUGGAUAAGGCAGCGGAGAAACAGCUAGCAUUUUUUCUCACUUCUAUUCCCUUCUCCUUCUCUCCCUUCAUCCCAGCCCCUCUUCAUCACCUCUGUUACUCCCCUCUCUUCCUCAUCCUCCCCACCCAUCCUUCUUAGUCUAGCAUAGAGUGGGCUUGGAUUUUCAAAAUGAACCAUUACUAAGAAAACAAAAGAAAAAGAAAAUCCCAAAAAAGAACACAGAGAAAGAAGAGCUUGCAGAGGAGACCCACGCUCUAUAGCACAGACUCUCACUGGUUUGCCUGACAACACACCCAGCCCAAAAGCCCCCUUUCCAAUCCUUGGUUAUUGGAGCAGGAACCUGCUUCUCUUCCUAGAGGAUAGUGAUGGGCAGGGGCAGAUGGGCCACCUCCAUGGGAUUGUGGAAUUUCACAGUUCUCCAGGGCCAGACCCUGAGGAAGUACACACUGGGGAAGGCUGGAGGGUUGCUCCCCCACACCUCCCUUGCUAUGCUGUCUCCAGCCAUCCCCAGCUCUGUUCGCCUCUGGACUGCCCUUCAGCAGCCUCCACACGUUCUCAAGGCUCCUGAGCUGAGAAAAGUUAUUUUUCUCUCCAAGGAAGAACUAAAUGCAAACACUCAACCAGCAGGGGUGAGCUGGCUCUUCCUCCUCUAGGGAGCUGGCCCUAUGGGGUCACAUCACCUACAGGGUAGUGGAGAGAGGAAAUUGCUCUGCAGCUGGGUUGUGGGUGAGGAGGCAGUCCUAGAGCAGCACCUUUAGGGAAGAGGAAGAAAACGGCAGCUGGGAGCCUCGUGGCUGCCCUCUAGUGGCCCUCUUGGGUAGUCAAGGACUCGUGCACCGACCUACACUGUCGUCUGAUCCAUUGACUGGACGGCUUCAUUGUAAGAUAUGAUUAGAGAUCCAGUCCUUGUCUUGAAUAUGGUCAAACAAUUUAAAUACAAACAACAAAAAUGGAGCAUGUCCAGUCAUAAAAAAGAAUGUUCUGAUACAUGUUACAACCUGGAUGAGCCUUAAGUCACCAUGUGGAGUGAAAUAAGCCAGACACAAAAAGACGACUAUUAUA